AUGGAUCUGGAACCUAUUCAAGAAACCAAUGUGGCGGUUGAAGUUAAUGGUUUGAAUCACAAUGGUGAUAAUGCUCUCAAUGGUGACAAGGUUGUUGAUAAUUGUCCAGAAGAAUUAGCUUCAUUCAUUGAACCAUCUUCUUUAGACAUUGAAGAGCUAAGGCUAAAUGAGCUAUCCAAUUCAUCAGCAUAUAUGGAGGCUAAACUAAAGAUACCCGAACUGAUCAAAUCAAUUGAAGACCAUAAAUUAGAAUUAUCAACAAUUGAAAAUGAGCCAAAUUUAACAAGAGAUAUUGAAUUAUUCUUUGAUUAUGUUUUGAAAAAUGUAUCAAGUGGUGAACAUGAUAGAAACACAUUGAUUGAAAGAAAUAAACUAAUAUUAGAAUCGAAAAUCUUAACAUUACCAUUAAGAAUUUGUGCUUUUAAUUAUGCUUCAGAUUAUGACCAUGGUGCUAAUCAAUUAUUUAUAAAGUUGAAAAAUGAUACAAUUUCAAUGAAAACCAAAAGAAUUCAAGACAAGAUAACUGAUUUAACAAGUGAUAUAAUGAUUAAAGAAAACGAAUUGAAAAAUUAUCAACUUGUUGAAAUUGAAGAAUUGAAUAAAAUUGAAGAAUUAAUUAAACAAAAAAAAAUUGAUGAUAAUGUACAAAGAAUUGAAAUGGCUAAACAAAAGAAACAAGAUCAAGAAAUUGCCAAACAACAAGAAAUUGAAAGAUUAGAAAGAGAAAAAUUGGAGGAAAUUGAAAAAAUACGAAAGGCAAAAGAAGAUGAAUUGCAAAAAAUUGAACAAGAAAAAUUAGCUAAAUUACAAAAACAACAAGAUGAUUAUUUACAAAAAUUAAAAGAUACUGGAUAUUCUAAAUCAACUGCAUUUAUCAUUGAUGAAAAAAUAGAGUUAUCAAAUGGUGCUGGUGGUGAUAAAAAUAAUGGACCUAUUAAAGUUAAACAAGAAGGUUUCACAACUGAUAAAGCUGAAGAGUUAUUAAAUAAAUUUAAACAAAGUAAUAGAGAAGGGAGAAGAAGACUGCGUACUGAAAGGGCAGCUAAAAGGGAAAGACAUAAAUUACAAAGAAGUAGAGGUGAACAAGAUAUUAGUGAUGAUGAUCUUUGGUUACCUGAAUUGGAUGGUAUAUUUUCAGAUGAUGAUUUACAAAAUCCAAUGGAAUUAGAUGAUGAAGAUGAAAAUUCUCGUAAUAAUUCAACAACACCAUCAGAUCAAGAAAGACCUUCACCAAGUUAUGUUGAUCCAAAUGUUACUGAAAAACCGUCACCUCAACCUUUGAUACAACCACAAACAACAAAAACUACAACACAGCAACAACAACAACCACCAAUUACUAAGAAGAAUUCGCAAGACCUUUCAACAUAUUUACAAAGAGUUAAAUCAAACGAAUUACCAUCAUCAUCAAAUUCAUCAACUGCAUCAACUGCAUCAACAACUAAAAGACCUAGUUCAAAUGUUUUCAUUCAAACUUCAGAUCCAAGAAAACGUAAAAAAUUGCUACAGCAACAAACUUUAAGAAAAUGA